CCUCCACUACCACGGGUUUUGUGCAGCUCAUCGAUGCAGACACGAAUUCUUCCUGUGCGAGUAGUGAGCGCUCGGUCACCUCCGAAUCCGUGCGGGACCUGGAGAGCCCAUUUGCACAGUCGUCCUCGUCUGGAGGUGGCUCCUCUAGCUCGUCCAGUAGCAGCGACGGCAGGGCGAAAUCGUCGAGAAGCAAGUGCGCUGCGACGCUGCCGUGUUUGCCGCAGGACAGGGGGGCUCUGGCGGAAAACAGCACGACUAGUACCCAGGUGGACACUAAAAUCCACCGCGCUUCUCGUAGUUCUAAGACGAAGAAAAGGAGCGGCCGGAAAAGCAAAAGCCAGAGCGGUGCGGCUUCUGUCGCAGUGGCUUCGAAACUGGAUAAUUUCGGGGCAAGCAAGACGCAUGACGAAGACCGACCUGCCGUGAACGCUAUGGAGGUACCCGGGAAUGCCACUGUAUCAUCCGUCGAUGUAGUUGCCACGGCCAGUACAACGGAAGACUUAAAGGCACGACCUUUUUCGGCCGCGACGAAUGGAUCGUCGUCCUCAGGAACCAACAAGAUGGUGCGUCGAAGGUCAACAAAUACCAGUGAAGAUUCUUCGGGUACCGGUUACAGUGCCGCCUCGAGCAGACCGAGCGUCGGCCAGUCCUCCGAUGGCCAUGCUGCUACCUCGUCCAGCACCGGCAGUUCCGCUCGAGUCGUUGAGCGGAGCAGUAGCAACAGAAACAGCCGGGAGUCCACGUCAAAUAUUAACGAAGACCAACACCAGAUAGACACGUUGCUGGAGGAAGAAGGAGCGGGCACGACAGACGGGCAGAGGGCAUCUGGUGCAGAACCGUCGCGACAAAAGAUCUUCAUAACCCGGACCGGAAAGAUGCUGCGCAGGAAUCCUUCCCGGACCCCUCGCUACGCGGAGGACCAAGUGUUGUCGGGAGGAGGGGUUGAGCUUGAUUUUCACUUUAGCACCCACAGUCAGCCCCGUAGCAGCGCGGAUGUCGACAUUCAUGAUGCGGACAAAGAGGUAGUCCUACCGUCCACUUCUGUUCCAUUUCCGUGCGUCGAUGACGUUGAGAAAGCUGAAACUGCCAGUGAUGUGAUGAUCGACGAGGACUAUGUAGUUAACGGACACGGGGGUGGAGAGGAGCCGCAAACAGAAACGGAUCCAGCAAAAGAGCAGGUUUUGUUGCCACACGAAAGGAGCUUUAUUGCCGAGAUGGAGAUCACACCUUCGCCCUGCGACGUUGUGUGCGUGACAGAGCAGGAGUCCAAGAGCGACAAUCAUCAUCCCGAGCUCGACGCGCCUCUUUGCAAUGUUUCCGAGCCUGGUGGCGCAACGACAGACGAGGACGCUGCUGCUCCAGAAGACCUCCCGGGCGAAAUUCUAGAUUGGACCCGCUGUUCGACCGCUAGUUUCCUCCCCUUCCGGUCCGACUACGGGGGCUUGAAGAAUCUCGGGCUCCGCGCGCCGGGACUCGGUCGCUACCAAAGAAUGGAAACUUUGGAGGAAGGGUCGCACGAAUCCGAAAACUCGAACAGCGAUACCGACCGGGGGCAGCUGCCCACGCCCAAGGUGGUCGGAAGUGGGAUGACAGGCGGGAAAAACUGGGAUACAAUCAAAAUCACCCCGCCGUCGCCAGACCGUGUGACCUUUGAAGAUGAAGGGGUGGACGUUGAUACAGCUGCUGCUGAUGUAGUCGAUCUGACCACGGAUCUUGCUGCACGGCCCGCGAAAGUUGAAACUGCUGAUGGCUGCGAAGAUGUUUGUCUUGCGGGCGAUGGCAAGGAUGAAGACAAUGACAAUGAACCUCAUCAAACUACUGCGCCAGGUCGAGGUCCUGAUGCGCAGCAUGCCAUUGGACCCCCCGCAGUUCCUUCGGCCUGUGAAGCGGAACAAAGCGAGGUCCUCUCAUCUCUCAAACAGGAUCACCAGCACAUCCACGUUCCACCAAACCCCGCGGUUCUUGCGCACGACGACAUUGCCGCCGAGCAGCAUGACCUGCCGCGGCAGUGUUCGCCCGUUUCGCCGGCGGACGAAAAUGAUCACUACUGCACGCUCUCUCCGGACCUUCGCGGCCCCACGGGCGAGAUGAUGACCCUCGUGCCGCAGCACGGGCUUUCUCCGUCUCCCGAGGAACUGCGGAGCCCGGACGAGGGCCAGCUGCUGAGUCCCGAGCAAGAAGCGGCAGAGCCGAAGGCGAAUCGCGCAGGAGAGAAGAACAUGAACAACCACGCUGCGUUUGCUUCUGCCGAAUCCUGUCCGAACGGGGCCGAAAAGGAAAUAAAGAUCGUUCUCGCCGAGGUCGUCGCUCCGGAUACGCCGCAGCCGAAAGAUGCAGUGCCAAAAAAUUUGGGCCGGCCGGAGGUAGAGAAUCGUGUGGAAGGUGUUGUUACUGCAGAACUACGAGAACCACAACCAUCGCCAACCGCAGGGGAUGAGGACACCACGAGAAACCAGCAAACUCCGUCGCAGGUGGAACAUCAGUCCUCCACGCCGCAUGCCGCGAGCCCCUCGCGCAGCGCCUACUUGCACGGGACCAAGGUGAAAACCAGCACGUCGGCGGGUAAUUGCAUGUACUCUUCUUGCCACUACGAAGAGGGCUCGCACCUCUACAUUCGCAACGAAGUCUACGGCGAGCAGCAGAUUGUGCAUCCAAGAAACAGCGGAGGAAUUCGGCGACAGUCGCAGGCAGCAGCAUCGUCCUCCGAAGAUGCCUCCAGCGCCGCUGCGCUACAGGACCUGGACGCGGCGGGGUUUGAUAAUGGAAGAAAUAGCAGUGGUUCUACUGCGAUUGAAAGUAACAAGCUGAACACGCACCGGUCAUUUGUCUCCUCAAACCAAUCCGGCACGAACGGCUCGAUGGUCAAGUAUCAGGACGAGGUCGGCGGGGGUCAAAAUUUUGUCGAUGACGACGACUUUUCGAGCGACGACGGGUAUCCUGAGUAAAAACGUCCCCACACCAGAGUUGUCAUGCAGAUUUGCAAUGACAGGAACAUUUGUAAUGCGCAUCGCCAGGAGAGGCAUUUUUAGUCGUGUUUUGGAAUUUGUAAUGCUGUAAACAGGAUAAGCAGAUGGAUUUCUGAUGCAGCUGGCCUUGCGAACCUGCACUACACUACGGACUGCGACUUGUGAUGCGUGACCCCCAAAAGUUCUAGGUUUGUGUUGCAAAAUCCCCAUCUUGACUCUGGUGUGGGGAUGUUUUUACUCAGGAUAACGGGGAUCCGGUCGUCUUGAGUCGCAACCACAUCGAAAGAAUCGACAUUCUCGGGGACCGCUUAUUGUACUGCUUGACCGACAAAAUUUUCGACGUGGAUUUGAAAAGGGCGAGUGGGUCGCUGUCGGAUUUUUCGUUUCUGCACAGCGCCCGGAAGCACUACAAAGCGACUCUGAUGAUGAAAAAGAAACUGGACGAAGAAGAGAUCUCGCUCGGGGAACACGUCGAAGAUGCAGAUGAACCGUCCACAAGUCGAAGUACAACGAGAAAAGCAGACACAAAGAAGAAGGAGAAAGAAGUGGAGAACAAACCUGUAUCCCCCGACGAUGACGUAGUAUCUUCAGGUGGAGCCGAUGAUGCAAGAACAGGUGCCGCAGGAGCUGCUCCACCAUGUUCGAGGAAAGUUCUUUCUGAGGAAGCCGGCAAGAUGAACUGUGGUGCAGCUGCACAUCAUGACCAUGGAAGUAGAACAAAUGAAGAGCGCACGCCGGCAGCAGACAGUGCCAGUGGCGAGAAAAGUAGCCUCACGCUAGCGCGAUCAGUGGAAAGACACCAGGUGCGUGCUGAUGCGUCAGCAGAUACCAAAUCCCCAGCGUCUACUACUGUGACCUCACCAGCAGCUGUUCUUCCAUCUCGUCCACGCGAAGAGGAGGACGACAAAGCCCAGGAACGCGACUUGGUCGAGAUGAAAUCCGCUUCGAACAAGGGUGUUUGCUCUGAAGAAACCGAUCUUCUCGUCGACCCGCAGUCGCAUCACCGUGUGACGCCCAGCACGGUGGCCAACUCCUCGCCGGUGAACAAUGCUCUGCUGUAUACCACGCCGCAGUCUUCCUGCAGCAGCUCCUCUAGCGCGGACGAGGGGGAGGAGGAACCGCAUCACCAGCAGAUCCGUCGACAAUCCGUCGAGUUGACUAGCAGUAGCCUAGACCGGUCGGACGAGGAUCUGGUGCUCUUGCACGACGACGAAGCAGACAUGACUCCGUGCACGCCGCCUGCUACGGGAGGAGCUGUCGCUCAAGGAAAUAAAACCAACGAGGACCGGGCUUUGUCUCCCGUGGCCGCGGCCGGGGAGGCUGGCGAAAUAGAAGUGGUGACGGAGAACAAGAAAAGCAACGGAACUUCCUCAGCUGUUGCCGCUGCUUACACAUGUAUAGAACCUUGAUGUAUGGGGGUCCAAAAUUGAAUCAACCGGAGACACAUGUUUAGUAAGUACUUACCCGACGACCUUCCACAGUCGCAUCCAUGUCGCUUUUCUGUUGUUGCGCAGGAAUGCAGCAUCAUCUUCAAGAAAUGAAAUUGUAUACAGAGCUCUGUAGACCGCCUUUUCUCUGCAUUUACAGCGGACGCCAAUUUUUAUUCCCAAACCAGGCACCAGCCCGCCCGUCGACGGUGCGCUCGUCGAAGAUUCGUCUCUCUGCAACUGCUUGCAAGGCAGCACGAAUGACACAAAACUAACGGAGGCGCACGAGGGGGCCAUUAAUGUCGAGGAGAUUAGUCAUGCGCCCACCAGUUGCUCCGCCGACGAGAUGGUACUUCUCGAGACGGAUCGUAGUAACACAUCCCGAGCUUUAUCGGAGCAGGAGUUUGUCUUGACAGUCCAGGAAGUUGUUGAUACAGAUGUUGAUCAUGUUGAGGAGUUACUGCUAGUAGAAGGAGCGCCCACAACGCGACGAUCCAGAGUUCUGGACGGCGAGAACGUCGCACUAGCCGCUGUUGACGGUGAUGAAGUGGAGUCCGCACCAGUCGAGACGACGCGCGUGGUGGAGCUGGCGGAAGUGACGCAGGAACUGGAAGUGCUCGAGCUUGAUGAUGGUAUCACCGCGACCCUCGACCCAGAUCUGAUCGUCUGCAACGAGGAAUCUCUGCCACUCUCCGUGGACGCAGGACUAGAGCAAACAGGAGAACUACCCGCGUUCUGCGCUCAUCUUCAACACGUGGAUAUUGUAAAUGACAGCCGCGCUACAGCACCGGUAGAAGACAGUCUCGAAGGCAUGGUGCAGCAGGUGGCGGUGGGCAACGGCGCUCCAACGCCAACCUUGGACGAACAAGCAUCCUGUGAAGAUUCGGCGAGCCCGGCGCCGCGUGUUCUUGAGAUGGUCCGCUUGCCAACUCCUGCGAAGAGCGCGGCACCGAUGAAGCAAAUAACUGACGCUACUUCUUCUACAAGCACGAUGAGUGACGAUGUUCCGGUGGCGUCGGCGGUUCGACCUGUUGUAGGCGCACAAGUAGAGCCGGCGGAGUUGGAAAGGAAGGAAGACCAGGAAAACAAUAAAGUCGCUCCGCUGGUGGAGCCCCCGACUAUUACUGUCCAAUUCUGUGCUGGUGACGAGGAGCCGCCCGCCCCGAAUUUAGUACCUCUCCUGACAAAGCGGCUGGAAGCGUCCGAAGCAGAGGCGAAGCGGGAGCAGGAGAUCAACGUCGCACAAAGGAUAUCCUGUGCAAAAGUAUCGUACUCGUAGUGCAAUCAUGCAUUUACAAAUCUUUCUCUUAAGGUAAAUGAGCAUUACAAAUUUUAUUUGUCACGCUGAGGAAAUUUGUAAUGCAUUUAUACGAGUACGAUACUUUUGCAGCUCAUAAAGGAAGCAAAAGACUGCUCGUACGUCGUCGCACGCGCACCGGCACAGGCGUCCGGCAGGCCAUACUACCUGUUCCUCCAGUGACACGACGAUUUUGACGCUUGUUGCGUCACCCAGUGUCAUUUCUGUAUCAAAUGAGGCGAGGAAAAUAGACAAGCCUGACACGGCUGGAGACUCUGCGAGACAAGAAUCUCAAUCUGGAGUUGUUCCUUCGAGCAUUAUUCCGGAGCAGGAUUGCAUCUCCAUGUGCGACAGCAGUUUUCUGGGUUCUUUACAGACACUGAAUGCAGGAGUUUCGACCACGAGCGUCGAGGAUCCUUGCAUGUUGACGCCGUCGCGAUCCUCUCCUCUGCCGGCGUUUGCCUUCGGAACUGAUGUAUACGAACUUGGGAGUGCUCUUUCCGUUUUAUGUUGAUUAUUUCCCCUGCAACUGCAUGACCGAUGAUAGAUUCCCCAGCGAAAGAACGCAAGGCAUUUGAUACGGUGUACAUUUUUCGAAACACAAAAACGAAGACAGGCCAACGGCAGCAACGCAGACCUCAAGGGCAGCGCAGAGCCUGAUUUCACGCUUGACGUGUCACCGCCGCUAUACAAGACGCGCAACACCAAGAAUAAGACCUCCCGCGGACCGACGAAGACCGUGCAAAACAGCUACAGCAACUACGUACCAAAGUCGAAAAAGGGUGUGCUGUCUGCGAGCAGUCGUUUGCAGCCGGCGGCGGUCGGGACGGGAAAUGUAGCUGCCGGCGGAGCUGUGCCAGGCAGUGUGGAUGCGGUACAGGACGAUACUCUUCUCAGACUCAGACACUGCAGUCACAGUACUUAUCAGAAAGAUUUAGCUGUAUAUUGCUGUGAUGCACAUCCACAUUCACCUUUCUUGCAUGCAAUUGCAAGAAUUACAAACACCUUUUUUUCAAUGCAGGUUGUGUCUUCGUCGAUCGCGCCGCGCAACCUACAGAUGCGGUACUCGCUAUGCAAAACGAGCACGACAGAUUUGCGGCAAAGUGUCUCUCCAAUGCGUUCGCCGAUGAAGCUGCCGUCUUACCUCACAGUACAGUGUUUCUUUGUAGAGUUACUCGCUGAAGUUGUUAAGGCAACGCAGCGAACGAUAUAUGUCAUGCAUACUGUGUCACAGAUGAUCAGAUUCAGAUCGAGAUCCGACUCAAUAGGUCAACUCCCUUCCGCAAAAACUACAUACAGAUCGCCGAUUCUCUGCGUCGCUCGGCCGCGCAAUCCGGUGCUAGUUCUCUUCACACCGGCAAGCGCAGCCUGAGCACAGACCCUCCAGUGGCGAAAAGCUUUUCCCCUUUGGACAGUGUGGAUUACUCCCCCGUUUUGUCGUCGCGAACUCAUCUCAACGACAAAAAAUUCCAGCCCCGUAACAGCCGCAUUCCGGAACUCGUUUUACCCCCGCAGAACGUCGCGGGCACGCCUCCCCGGGUGGUGGCGGAAGACCGAGACCUGCACGACAUACGGGACGGCGCUCAUGGCUUCGUACCGGUUCGAGGGGAAAAUUCGCUGCAGACCAAGCACAAUUACGUCGUGCCAGGAGGUGCCGCGCACGGGUUCGAAGACGAUUUCUUCUUCGAGGACAACAACUACGACUCGGGGCGUUACCGUUACGAAGACGUUGCCGAGCAGACGCCGGGACCAGGAGGGAAGGUGGCAAAUAAAUUUGAUCUCCCUUCUCACGGGCGGUCCUCGUCCGAACAAAGAAUUACAACAACUCCACACGAAAAUAAACCCUUCUGCGCCGACACCGCAAUAAAAACUGCUGCGGACGAACAGUCGCUCAGCCCCGAAGACGAGGACCCGCUCCGGGCGUCCACAGCACUGACGAUUAGCCCGUCUGGUCGGCCGGUCUGCCUCGGGAGCGACGGCGUGCGAGUGGAUGGAGACAGAGAGGGUGCGGCUGAUAGUUGUAACUCCGCGUAA